ACACUUCUAGUAGUAUUCAGUUUAAUCCCUUGCAAGUUUUUUCGCUUUGGCCGCAAAAUGUUGGCAGUGUUUGAGAAAUCAAUCGGAAACCCGCGGGAGGAGCUGAGGCUUCCUUUGAAGGGAAAGAUGCCGCUGCUGGGGGGUUCGAAAACCGGAGAGGAGAUUGUGGAGAUAUUCCGGUCUUGGCGGUUGGAUUCGACCUUGCAGAGCCUUCCAAAUGGGAGCUCCAACAUGGUUUUGUCACAUGAGGAUGAAUGUACUCUGCAUCCACGGUCUAUCGUCGUGGUGGACAAUGUGUCCUGUAUCUUUGUUGGACUCUUAGAGAACAUGUGCGAGUUGAGAAGACACUACGGCCUCUCAAGACGGGCUACAGAAGCAAUGGUAGUAGUCGAAGCUUACAAAGUCCUAAGAGAUCGGGCACCCUACCCUCCCGAUCAAGUGAUAUAAGACCUCCAAGGCAGAUUCGCCUUCGUUUUGUUCGAUUCUAGAGCCGUUACUCUUCUUCUAGCCAGGUUGAGUUCACACACUACUCCCAAGUACCUAAUUUGCACUCAAAGUUGGCUUUUUUUUGACAAGACAUAUAGCGAGUAUGCUUGGCUCUGUUAGUAAAAAUUGCAUUGCUUGAAGUUUUGGUCUUCGACGUUGUUGCCAAUUGU